UAUGAAAGCAAAUUUGAUCUAAAGAAUUUGUUCCUAUGAUUACUUUAAUAAUGACAAAUGUUUCUUAUUCCAUGUUUCAAAUAUUUUUAUAGAGAUGUGAAAGCAUUCGAUGACGUAAUGCAAUUGAUUAAAUGUCAUAAUACUAUUAUUACAAUAUAAAAUGGCAACAUUUUGGUCAGGAAGACCUGGUUGGUUAGGAAAAGUAGGAUUAGCAUUAUUAGCUACAUGGCUUUUGAUAUUAAUAAUAUCAGUAUCACAUAUCUUUAAAACUAAUAAUUUAUCGUCUAAUAAUGAAAGUCCUACAAAUAAAGAAAAUGCUCAACGUUUAGCCCAAAUGGUUAAUGAUUUUGAAAUUCUUAAAAGACAAAAUGAAGCAUUAAAAAAUAUAGUUUUAGGAGAAAGAUCAAAAUCUAUUCAAGGAGAUCAUUUAGGUUCAAUACAAGAAAAACUUGAAAAAGUUUCUAUUUAUGAAGAUUUGUUGGAUCAUCAAGAUAAUGUAAAACAUGGUAUUCCUUCUUCUGAAUAUGAAGAAUUAAGACGAAGAAUAAGAAAUAAUGUUCAAGAGAUGUGGUAUUAUAUUAAUGCAGAAUUAAGCAAAUUUAGAAAAGGUAUUGAUAAACUUAAUUAUGAUCAAAGAGAAAAAAGAAUACAAGAUACAUUAAAAAAUACUUGGGAUCAUAAAAAAUCUCUUACAAUAGACAUUGAUAGAUUAACAAAAGCAGAUGGUUAUGAUGAAUGGCGUAAAAAGGAAGCAAAAGAAUUAUCUGAUCUUGUACAAAGAAGAUUCAAAUAUUUACAAAAUCCUAGUGAUUGUAAUAAAGCAAAAAAAUUGAUUUGCAGUUUAAAUAAAGGUUGUGGAUUUGGUUGUCAGAUUCAUCAUAUUACAUAUUGCUUUUUGGUUGCUUAUGGUACAGAAAGAACUUUAAUAAUUAGAUCUAAAGGUUGGAGGUAUCAUAAGGAUGGUUGGGAAUCAGUUUUUAAACCACUUAGUGAUACAUGUGUAUCUACAAAUGGAGCAUCACAUGCUAAUUGGCCUGGUGACUCUUCUAAACAAGUCAUCUCCUUGCCAAUUGUAGAUAAUGUUUAUCCAAAACCAAGAUAUCAACCACCAAGUGUACCAGCUGAUUUAGCAUCAAGAUUAGAAAAACUUCAUGGCCAUCCUCUAGUAUGGUGGGUAGGUCAAGUUUUGAAAUAUUUAAUGCGACCUCAAGAACAUGUAAAAAAAACAUUAGAUGAUGCCAAAGAAAGGCUUGGUUUCAAGAAACCUAUUGUUGGAAUUCAUGUACGCAGAACUGAUAAAGUUGGUACUGAAGCUGCUUAUCACGAUAUAGAUGAAUAUAUGAUUAAAGUUGACCAAUAUUUUGAUGAACUUGAAACGAAACCAGAAGUGAAAAGAGUUUUUUUAGCAAGCGAUGAUCCGAAAGUAAUUACAACAGCGAGAAAUCGUUAUUCUAAUUAUGAGAUAAUAGCAGAUCCAGAAAUAGCAGAGACAGCUUCAGUUGCAAAGCGAUAUUCAGAUUCUUCUUUACAAGGAAUAAUUAUUGAUAUACAUCUUUUAUCUGAAUGUGAUUAUUUGGUGUGUACAUUCAGUUCUCAAGUAUGCCGCGUAGCAUAUGAAUUAAUGCAAACAUAUUAUCCAGAUGCUUAUAAUCGUUUUGCAUCAUUGGAUGAUAUUUAUUAUUAUGGUGGUCAAAAUUCACAUCCUCAUCAAGUUAUUUUAGAUCAUAAACCAAGAAAAGAUGGUGAAAUCGAAUUAAAAAUAGGAGAUUUAAUUGAAGUUCUUGGAAAUCAUUGGGAUGGUUAUUCUAAAGGAUAUAAUAUUAGAACUAGUAUGACGGGAUUAUUUCCUAGUUUUAAAGUUAAAAAUCCAGUAGAUGCUGUAGAUUUUCCAAAAUAUUCAAACGUCCCUUUAAGAGAAAAUAAAAAUGAAUAAAAAUAUACUUUAAAUUUGUAGUGAUCUUGAAAACAUUCAGAUUGCUCGAAAAAGAAAUAACUUGCCUUCAUAUUUCAAUUGUUAAAAACAGUAAAAACUUCAUAACACGUAUAUAUAUAUUUUACUACUAGUAAGUGACAAAUUUAAUUCUCAUAAAUUAUUAUGAAUCGUGAGACAAAAAGCGAGUUAUUCUAUUAUUGCCUAUAUGCACAUACAUAUAUGUAUGUUGAAUUUUAAGAAGACCGUAUAUAAAUAUUCGUAAAUAUUAUAGAAAAUUUUGAAUAAGUUUACGAUCUUCUUACAAAUUAAACUAAUAAUAUAAACAUUU